ACGGGCUGUGCGUGGGCCCGUCAGUGCGUGGGCCCGUGGGCCUGCCUGGGCCCGUGUGCCAUUAGACGCCAGUGGGUAGACGUGCAGUUUCCCCGGCGUCCCCCUCAGCGCUGCCUCUCUGCGGACGUACCUAGGGGUGAUGAGCAGUUUUCCGGUCGCGUGAAUUCUCGGACUCCUCCGACGACUUCGGUCCUGAUGCCCCUCUCGGGGUCAUGAUGACCGUUGGGGAUGGCUGUUGAAACCGGUGGGAUUCGUACUUUGUCAUGACCGCGCGCCAGCGGACUCGAUUUUCUGAUGAAGAACAGCCAGUGGUAUAUGUUCCAGGAAUUUCUGCAGAAGGAAAUUUAAGAACAAGGCGCAUAUUAAGGGCUCAAAAAGCUGAAGCAAAGCUGAAGGUUCCUGCAGCUGCUACUACUGCUACCAUGGAUCCCAUUAGAGAACCGACAGGACAGCAGGUCACUAAUGAGGGAGGAAUGAAGAGCGCUUCUUUAAAGGAUUUAUGUCCUGAGGACAAGAGACGAAUUGCAAACUUAAUUAAGGAACUUGCCAGGUUGGAUCAGUUGGAGCAGGGAGAGAAGAGGAGUGACAAUAAAACACGUUUUAGCAGAAUUGGAACUUGGAAAGAGGAAGGGGAACUAUAUAUAGUGGGGAUUGGCAGAUAAAAGAAACAGUCAGUUACUCUCUCCAUUAUAGUCUUUAACACUCCUUUACACACACUCACACCUCCCUCCCUUCUAAGAAAACAGAAUGUGUUGGGUGACCAGGCUCUUGGGGGCAAGUCUCUGUGCAUACAGCCCCAAGCAUGUUCACAGCAUUUGCAUAAUAAAUAGUAAUUGCUUCUCAAUUAAACAAUAAACACACCUAUCCCCAGAUCUUGGCAGGAAUUUACCUUGGGUUCCUUACCUAAUUGUAUCUUUUAUUUGUGGGCUACUGAUAGAUUUUUUUUUCAUGUUUCAUGUUAAAAACAAAAAAGAACACGUGGUCUUUCAGGAUGAAAGAGAAUCUCCAAAAUAUGGAGGUGCAUUCUAGCAUAUAAAAACAUUGUCCUUACAAAUUCUAAAAACACUUUUAUAACUUUUUUUUUUCUAAACCAUGGAUAGCGGUCUGCUUUCCAAUACCGGUCAAACAGAUGGGGAGGCUGGGGUGCAGCGUACGUGUUACAUUCAAGGUCACACAGUAAGUCAUCCACGCAGGCAGGAAUGUUUUGUCUUGUCAUCAUCAUCUCCCGGACCAUUUUGCCUCCUAAUAACUUGUGCCAGCCUACAAUUUCUUUGCUGUACUUUUAGUAAUUUUCCAAGUUCUUCAUGCUUAUAACUCGCUCUUAUCCUGCUUCAUGUCUAGUUAAGGCUGUCACGAAAAAUAAAAUUGUUCAGA